AAUCAUGGUGUUUGGAUUAUCUAAAAACUCUUAUUAUCAAGAAGAACAGAAGAGAAUACGUGACUCUAUCAAGGGUCCGUUAUUGGAGUUGGUGCUUUGGCAUUUACCGCAUUUACAGCCUUCAGAAUCGGCUCAACAAGAUUCGUGGGAGAUGAUAGCUAUAAAAUUGAAUAAUCGUAAUUUUGAUCUUUCGGUUGGCACCGACCACCAGGACGAGAUGCCGACCUUGAAUGGAGGGUUCAUUAAAGGUAUCUAUGAUGAAUUGAUGAAGAAGUUUGUUGGAAAUAUACGGUAUGUUAAUAGUAGUGCCGGGGUAUACUCGACUCCCAGAGUUUGCAAUAAUCGGGAUCCUUUAUAUGAAACCCUGUAUUUCCCAAUAAGAGGCACUUAUAAGGAUAAAUGUGAUCAAAUCUUAUGUGAAUUGUUUUAUUUAGAUAGUGCUGGAAUUGAAAUUAUGGCUCAACUCAGUAAAGAGAGAUUAGAGAAAGAAUACCGCCAUUUACAACAUUCCAUCAAUGAACCCACUCCACUGGACGAAAAGACCAAAACUAGAAGCUACUCUGACUCCAAAAAUCAAUUAGAUCAACUCAAAGAGAAACUGGAACUCGAAAAAUUGAAAAGAUACCAGGAAGAACUAGAAAAGAAGGCUAAGAGAGUAGAGUUUUUGGAUAACGAAAAUAAAAGACUAUUAGAACUCAAUCAUGAGCUAGUCCUACAACUUCAAGGAUCUGAUCAUUAGUAUUCCAUGUUUGUCUACGAUUUACGACUCAGAUUUACGACUCAGUAUUUAUAUAGCCAUAUGUAGCCAUACCAUGCCAUAU